UUUCAGCUCUGCUGACGAACCACUGCCAGCUGUCAACAGUAAUAUCAAGAAACCUGCAUCCUGGUUCAUAUUUUACCGACUGUCUUGCUUCUUUCAGGCAGUAUGGGUCGCAGUUAUAUUGUGGAAGAUACUGUGGAGGGAUAUCUGUCUAAACUAUGUGAGCAACAAGCAGGUUCAGUCACAGGCCUGCUAAUUGGACAGAGCUCAACCCAAAGGGAUUUUGUCGUUAUGGCAACUCGGACGCCCCUGAGGGAGGACUCUAAUGCAGCAGGUGGAAACUCUCUGGACAAGGAGUGGGUAACUGAGCAUGCUCGACAGGUGUCUCGGAUGUUGCCCGGAGGCCUGUCUGUGCUGGGAGUCUUCAUCAUCACUGAUACUGAUGCCAAGGACACACUAACCACACUCCGACAGCUUGUUUUUGCAGUGGAGAACCUAAUCUCCUCGGAGCGUCUGUGGAAACCUGCAGAUGAUGAUGUCACAGACUGUGUUACUCUGCACGUUAACCCCAAAACCAGGAAAACCGUCUGCAGAACUUUUGACGUCAAAGAUCCCAAGAGCAUGGCCAAGCCUGCGGACUGGAAGUACCAGUCAGGUGUGUGUUCCUCCUGGAGCACGGUGUCAUGUUGUUUAAAUGUGGACAUGUUGGUACCCCUACCAGACAACAGUACCAGUGCAGAAAGCAUGGAUGAAUGUCUCAAGGAGGAACUAAGAGUGUGGGCACACCAGCUGGAGAGUGGAGUUUGUCUGAUGGAUGGAAAAAAGCUUGCAGAGGAUGCAGAGCUCACAGGAGGACAGAAGAGGAAUGUGAGACAGACAUACACCGCUCAGCUACUCAUCACACAGGAUGACCGUAGGUUAAAUGAUGUGGUCCAGCGGUGUGGAGGCAGCGUGUCCGUCAGAGGAGGGAUCCACGGCAGAGCUUACCUACACAGCAACAAACCAAAGGCCAAGCUGGCAGAGAAGCUAUUGAAGAGGGAUGUGGUUUCUACGGUGGCCACAAGGGUUCAGAUGGUGCUGGACGAGCUGCUGACAUCAGAGGAGAGCAAGGGCAGCAGCAGAGACAAACAACACACAGAACAAUUCUGUCUCCCUCAUCGUAUCUUCUGUCCAGUAAAAGUGAGCGGGCCAGUGUGUGUGUGCGACUACCAGUUUAGUGACGAGGCCCUGUCUGAGGUGACUGACAGGCUAAAGGAGAUGCUGGACAUUGAUGCAGCCGAGGAAAAUUUAGAUAACAGGCAGGAGACGCCUGCUGAAACCCUAGAGAGCGAUCCUGCAGCAGAGCCAACUGUUGAAGCUGUUGAAGUGCUUGAGCCCAAGAGGAGCAGCUACAUCGGUGUUGCCAUGGCUACUGCUGUCGCCCUACUUGCCACCGCUGCCUCCAUGCUAUAUCUCAAUGACGUCUAAUCUGCACACACUAAAUAAAGUGUUUAUAACAUUUCUA